CUGCGGCACCGAGAAUCUUCCAUCCUUAGGAUCCCGGCGCCGGUGUCCGUGGGAGAGGGAGCCCGAGCCUAGAGCGAGAGGGAGAAACCUCUAGCAGCUGCCUCCUGCACACCCCUGACGGGCAAAUUGAACCAGUGACCUCUCAGUGCAUGUUUUGAUGCUCAACCAACUGAGCCACACUGGCCAGGGCCUUGGUAGUCAAGUUUUUAAAAAUGACAUUUCUGUAGCGGUUCCCAGGCUGGUUUUCCUGACCAUUUUGAAGUCUCUAAAAGAACAUGAACGACUGGAUGCCCAUCGCCAAGGAGUAUGACCCCCUUAAAGCUGGCAGCAUCGACGGCACGGAUGAGGACCCCCACGACCGUGCAGUCUGGAGGGCAAUGCUGGCGCAGUACACCCCCAACAAAGGCGUCACGGGGGACCCUCUCCUCACCCUGUUCGUGGCAAGGCUAAACUUGCAGACCAAAGAGGAGAAGUUAAAGGAGGUAUUUUCCCGCUACGGGGACAUCCGGCGGCUUCGGCUGGUGAGGGACUUGGUCACGGGCUUUUCCAAGGGCUACGCUUUCAUCGAGUACAAAGAGGAGCGUUCCCUGCUCAAAGCCUACCGGGACGCCGACGGCCUGGUCAUCGACCAGCACGAGAUAUUUGUGGACUACGAACUGGAAAGGACUCUCAAGGGGUGGAUCCCCCGGCGGCUUGGAGGAGGGCUGGGGGGGAAAAAGGAAUCUGGGCAACUGAGAUUUGGGGGGCGGGAUCGGCCUUUCCGAAAACCCAUUAAUUUGCCCGUUAUUAAAAGCGAUCAGUAUCGAGAGGGAAAGAGGGAAAAGAGGGAGCGAUCCCGAUCCCGAGAGAGAUACUGGGAGUCGAGGACAAGGGAGCGAGACCAUGACCGGGGCAGGGAGAAGAGGCGGCAGGAAAGAGAGCCAGCCAGGGCGUGGCCUGGAAAUGACUGGGAGAGAGAGAGGGAUUUCAGAGAGGACAGGGCCAAGGGGAGGGAGCGGAGGGACAGAAGUAAGUAGAGGCUCCGCACCGCCGCCUGCAGAGCCUAAAAGAAGGUGGAACAGAAGUAAAGCACAGAGAGGUCUGCAUUGCCUUUAUACAAAGGUCACCAGUGCUAAAUAAAGCUCCCUGAUGAUGCUCUGGCUCAGGUGGCGCAGUCAGUUGGGCGUCGUCCCGUGCACUGAAAGGUGCUGGUUCGAAUCCUGGUCAGGCCACAUGCCUGGGGUGAUCGAUGUUUCUCUUUCUCCCUCCCUUCCUCUCUACAAAACCAAUUAAAAAAUAUUUAAGAACAAAUAAAAAAACUUACUGAUGAUAAGGCGGUUUAGGUAAGUUUCCAAUCUGAAACCCAGGUUCAAGCUGAACACACUGAUGUCAUGAAUUUCUCUUCUUCAUCUUAGAGUUCUGCGGGCACGUUAUUUAAUGAGCUUGAGAAACAACUUUGUACCCGCCAGCCUCCGUACCGAAGAGUGUGUGCAAGGAGCCACCGGUCUUUCGUUCAGCCUUAGGAGAUUGGUUUUGAGAAUUUUAUUUUCUCCCAUCCAUUAGAAAUGACCAUUUUGAGGGCCUGGCAGAAAGAGGUGAUGGCCCCAAAUCAUUUGUAUUGACCUGGGACUCCUGGGAACCCGGAUCUGGUCAAAAUAUGUUGUAUGUUUUCCAUCCUUACGUCUAUAGUGCAAGGAGUUGCUGAAUUGAAAUAAAAAUGGGAUAGAAAAGUGAA